AUGACAAAGGUGAAGACUGCUGGGCUCAUCUUCAUCUGUUUUUCAUUGCUUCAAGGUUUUGUUGCAGCAUUGAACUGCACCAGUCCAACUCCUAAAUCCCUGUUUGAUGCCCUCGAGAGGGAAUUAUUUCCGAAAAAACUACUGAGACCUGUAAAAAGCUUUUCAGAUACACUUAACGUAUCCAUUCAUAUGACUGUGGUGGGAAUUUUAGGAGUGAAUGAAAAAGCCCAAUCCAUGACAACAUUUAUAUGGCAAAUCCUGGAAUGGAAUAUAGAGGGACUGAGCUGGGAUGAGAAGGAAUGUGGAACUAAUCGAGUCUCUGUUCCUCGAGAAAAGCUUUGGAUCCCAGACGUCAGCGUUGCUGAGUUCAUGGACGAGGACAAAUCUCCCAAAACCUCCUAUGUCUACUUAUACAACACAGGUCGUGUUUUUGAUGAUAAACCAGUCAGAGUGGUCAGCUCCUGUCAAUUAGAAAUCUACACUUUCCCCUUCGAUAUCCAAAACUGCACCCUGACCUUUGGACCGCAUCUACACGUUGCUGAAGACAUAAGAAUGAUUCAAGGCACCACAGCUGAAUUAAUUCUGGCAGAGUCCAGAGAAGUGGUGAAGACCAAAGGGGAGUGGGAGCUUGCAGAUAUCAAAUCAGCUCAGAAUUCCCUGGAGAUAACUGAAGGAAGCUACUCUGAGAUCAAAUUCUUUAUCAUUCUGAGACGUAGGCCAGUCCUCUAUGUGGUGAACCUCCUGAUCCCCAGCUGCUUCCUUAUCACACUGGACCUCUUCAGCUUCCUGCUGCCUCCCCAGAGUGUGGACAGAUCCGCCUUCAAGAUGACCCUUAUCCUGGGCUACACCGUCUUCUUGCUCCUCAUGAAUGAACUGCUGCCUGUCACUGGAAAUACAAUACCUCUCAUAAAUGUUUUAUUCUCAGUCAGUCUCGCUCUGAUGGUGGCCAGCCUGUUGGAGACAGUGUUUAUCACUAAUAUCCAGUUCAGCUCCAGCCAGUAUAGUGCGGUUCCUCACUGGCUCAGCGUUCUUGUGUUACGAUAUCUAGCCGUUGUCGUUUUUCUCCCUCCAAAACAGAAGAGCAACCGCAUCACAGUGUCCCUUCACCCACCUGCGAGAGGUCCAGCAAUGGAGACCAGCUUCAUCUCUUCAAGAGAUCUUCAGAGCAUCUCUGGUGGUACAACUCCAGAGAAACCCCCUCCGGAGCCGGAGGUGGCCCUGGAUGAGCUGAGGAAGCUGAGCAGAGAUCUGACAGCCAUCCGCCUCCAAAUGGACAAACACUUACAGGGGACCAAAACAUCACAGGAGUGGCAAAUGAUCGGGAUAGUCAUCGACCGCCUGCUGUUCGGCUUGUACAUUAUCUUCAUCUCAGUCAGCUUCAUCACCAUAGUAUCGAUUUGGAUCUGGAAUAACUCCUUCGUAGACUGACUUAUGGGAAAAUUAAAUCGCACAAUUAUAUUGAUCAUCGGCAACAGUUUCACUGGACAGCAUCGUACAAAUGAAUCAUAACGUUCUUGUAUAACCCUGUUUUUGUUUUGUUUUGUUUUGAGUAUAAGAUACUUUGUUUC